AUGGCUUUUCUAUCUAAAUGGGGACACGUUGCAGUGGGGGAGAAGAAGGAAAAGCUUGAUGGAGCUGACAAAGAUGAAGAAACAGGACAAAGGGUCGUCAUUGAGCAUUGCAAAAGCUGACGGGUCUAUGGGCGGAAUGCGGAAGGUGUGCGUGAGGCACUUGCGGCUUCGCAACCUGAACUUCACGUGGUGCUCAAUCCUCAGAAACCUCGGCGGAACAGCUUUGAGGUCACGCUGAUGGAGGGAGACAAAGAGGUUGUUUUGUGGUCUGGCAUUAAGAAGGGUCCUCCACGCAAACUUAAGUUUCCUGAUCCUGCUGAAGUGGUUUCUGCCCUGAAGGAAGCGUUGAAGAGCAAGUAGAGGUUAUAAGGAGACAGUCAAGUCAUCUUUGUUCCUGGACACUGGAUGCAUAAUGAUGUAAAUAGACUAAUGGGAAAAUCUCUGUCUGUUUUCUGAUGAUCGGCUCUGCUGUUCCGGACUGGAUAAUUGACCUUGCUUUGUUUCUCCUGUUAAACUCUCAAAGUCUUGUUCAUGUUCUAUUUUGAAAUGACUAGUUUUAGAUUACUAUUACCUGUCUCUGUACUCAAUGUUAAUGUUUUGUCAGUCUUUUUUUCCUGUUUGACUUAUACAAAUAAAGCUACCAUGAUCUA